AUGACGGGGAAUCCCUCGCGAAUCAACCAAUGGCGCACUUCACUUUUUAUUCUCUUUACAGUUUGCAACAUUGCAAUACUACUGCUGAAUGUGGAAAUGUACUUGCAUAUGUACAUUCAAAAGUCCAAAACACGCCAUGACGUUUUAAAUGCAGAACUACGAGCCACAUCGAGUUACAGUGAGUGCGCACCCCAGUACGACGCAUACGUGACCUGCCGUUCGUGCUGGUCAGUCAUGAUGAUUGAUGUUGACAAUAUGGAAGGUCCGAUAUUCGACCUGGUGGACCUUGAACCAUCCAUUCGGCUGAUCAACGGCACCGUGGUUGCUCCAGAACAUCCUAGUAUCGCCCGCCAGUUUCCGAACUCAGAAGCCGAUGCGCAAUGGGAGCAAGAUAUCGACUUGAUCAGGCCUAUUGCCAUUACGCGUGAGCAAAUUAUCAAGAUGGGAAAGAAUCCGGAGACCGUUGCAAAGCUUGAAGAUCAAGAUUGGGGACUAGGCGACAACGCCUACGUCGCUGCUCUGGACGUUUUUCACAACCUGCACUGCUUGAAUACGUUAAGAAGGGCAGCCUAUGGGACGUAUUACAGUAUCUCGGCAGACGCAAACAACCGCAACGGCCAUUUGGAAGGCCAUCUCAACCACUGUGCCGACAUUCUUUUUCAGCAUAUAUCUUGCAGUAACAACGUGAACCUUGUAACUCGCCACUGGCGGGAAGAGCAGGAGUAUCCCUUCCCAGACUUUUCCAUAAAUAAGUACUGUAUCAAUUUUGAGAAAUUGCUUACUUGGCACAAAGAGGUCGGACUCGACCAGGAGAAUUACAUCAAGACUAUGAAAAAGCCGAAGGGUGCGAAAACAAGUACUACAGCGACCUAG